CCGACACUGGCGAGGUGAGGGCGUAUAGGGAGGUGUGGCGCCGCGUGCCCGUCGAGCGCGAGGCGCGCGCGUGGUGUCUCGAGUCUGAGGAGGGCGAGGGGAAGGUGUUUGUUGGGCGCGUCGGGCUGUACUUCCUGGCGCUCGGGCAGCGCGGAGAGGCGUUCGCCGCGCGGAGGUGGCAGUUGGAGGAUGGGCGGUGGAGGGAGGUGUACCGCAUCAACACUGGCGCGCUCGCGGUGCCCGCGCCGGGGGACGUACCGGAGGAACAGGUACGCGAAGGCGCGGUGGUGCAAGUGAAAGGGAGGGCGUAUGUCGUGAGGGAAGCUUACGCUGUCUAAAACACCGAGAUACAACGCGGGCAUCCGCGUUAAAAAUACCAAUAGCCCGUGCCGUACGUACACACACACACUUCUCAUCCAACCCUUAUCUCCCCAGCCCAGCCCCUCCAUCCUACCACGAACAAGCACAAUGUCCAAACUCGCCGCGACGCGCAUCUCCCUCCAGCUCCCACCCGGCGCGCCCUCCGAAGAAACCGACACCCUCGUCCUCACCUUCCGCGCGCACUACAUCGACCUGCGCGUCCUGCGUUCCUCCCUCUCCUCCUCCCCGCAGCGGGUGGAAGUAGACGAGGGCUUCGCAGGCACCCUCACGCACGCCUCGCCCGCGCACACGCGGUGGACGCACGUCGUCGACUCCAACGGGUCCGACAAGCUCGACGAGGGCACGUUCACGCUGCUUCCGAACGGAGACGAGGUCGAGGAGGGGCUGACGGAGGCGGGGGGGACGUAUAGAGAGGUGUGGCGGCAGGUGCCGGUGGAGGCGGGCGCGCCCGCGUGGUUCCUCGAGUCCACGUCCCCGUCCCCGUCCACCUCUUCCUCUCCCUCCACCAAGGACACGCGUAUGGGGGAGGGGGGAGAGAAGGUAUUCGCAGCCCGCAUGGGCCUCUAUUACCUGACCAUGGGCCAGACCGGCGCGCGCGGGCGGGGGUACAGCGCGCAGCGGUGGCAGCUCGAGGGCGGCGCAUGGCGGCGCGUGUAUAAGGUCGGCGGGAUGCGGUUGCCGGAGCCGAGUGAGGUGGGGGAGGUACGGGAGGGGGAGGAGGUGUGGGUUGGUGGGAGGGGGUAUGUUGUUCGGGAAGCGUAUGCUAUCUAA